CCUUCCAACAUCCUGGUGACUGAAACGGGCCAUAUUAAGAUUGCCGACUUCGGUCUGGCACUUGAGAACAUCUAUGGAGACCGAACAGCCACAGAAUACACUGGAACACCGGGCUUCAUGGCUCCUGAGAUCCUGGCUGCGGAGGAGUACAAUGCUGGAGUAGACUGGUAUGCAUUUGGCAUCAUCUUGAACAUCAUGAUUACCAACAGCCACAAAUACCAGCGAGGACUAUUCAAUGCCUCCAGCAAAGAGGCAAAGAACAUCAUUAAAAAGCUCCUCCGGGAAGAUCCUACCAGGCGUCUCGGAGUCAAUGGCAACAUCAGAGCCCACAGGUUUUUUCAGUGUAUUGACUGGGACUCGGUGGAAGCCCUUAGGAUGCGUCCACCACACAUUUCCAAACCACCAAACAACAUCCAGCGUGGCUCAAGACCAUUCAAUCUCCAAAUCCUGGAAGCAGCAGAGGCUAGCAACUUGGCCAUGUCAGCAAACCACCAGGCCUUAUUCACAGGGUUUUCAUUUACCAACAUCAGCUGGAAAACCCCAGACCAUCCACCAGCUCUUUAA